GACGGUUUUGACUACAUAUCUUCCAACUCUGAGAAUCCAGGAUGGGAACCAUUUCGUUUCCUAUUGUGUGCGCAGCCUCCUUAACUAUAGAUAUUAUGAAUCGUCUUCUGACAGAUAGCGACAUCGUCGAGGAAGACACUUGGGAUUUCGUAUUUGUUGACAGCAUCGACCACUGUUACGACCAACCAUCAGCGGUUCCAGUAGAGACUCCAAGCAACCCAGACUCGCCUUUCAUCUCGAAGACCCCCUAUGAGUGUAGCCAGUUGCUCUUGAAGCUUCGCGAGGACACCGAGUCGGAAAUCAUCCCUCACUACUUUAUAAUUAUGGACGAGAGAUCACUACAGGACGAUACUGUACUGCUCGUGACUGCGGGGUUAGAUGAGCCGGUAAACACAGUUCGGGCUACUUUCGGAGCGUCCGCUCAAGCAAUCGUGCUAUAUCUUACGGGACAUCGGGGUAUCGAAGAGGAUAUUGAAAGCGCUGCACAAGAAGAAGAUGGUGUAUACCACGGGCGGUAAACCUACUAUGUAUGAUAUACUUGUCGUAACGAUGCCUUAGGCAAGACCAUCAGAGUCGUUCGACUAGGAUUACGCAGAAAGCAGCUUCCCU